UACACCACCAAAUCAUUCAGGACUUCAGUCAUAUAUUAACUCUCUUUGGAAGAGUAUAGCUAUCAAUUCUUCCUCCCUCUUCAAGUUUCUCCAUUUUUGGACUGUUUUUCCCAGGUUUUCUCCCAAGAUGGAAGAGUUUGUGUGAUCAGCUGACUUCGAACUGCCGUUUUAUUUUACGAGCCAUAAAACACAAGUGGAUUUCAAGAGGAACUUUACAGUGUUUGUUCUCCAAACAUAGACAUUUCUUACACUUGUAUUUUGGACUGGAUCUUGCUGUUAACUGCUGGAAAGGGCAGUUACUGACCUAUUGCCAAGGAUGCCCACCACAACGGUAGGCGCAACCAAGAACGGCAAGUCAUCAGGGGUAGGUGGGUUCAUCUCGUCGUUACCGGCCGACCUGAUUGACAAUGCCGCCCUCGCGGAGAUCGAGACGGAGGAAGGGGUGGAGCUCGUCCCCGAGGUGACAUACCGUGACUUGAAGAAGAAGAAGAAAGGCAUCGCCAAAUACAAGGAUCCGCUGAAGGUCUUUAUACCCAUCAGGAAAAAACCCAAAGAAGAGAACUACUCCCCCCUUGACCAUUAUGGACUGUUCUCCUUCCUCACCGUCAACUGGUUGACGAAACUCUUUGUGAAAGCAGUCAAGAACAACCUUGAAUUUGAUGACCUCUACGACCAAUCGGAACUUGAUACUGGAUACCUGAACGGAUUGAGAUUUGAAAAGAUGUGGGAUGAAGAAGUUGCUAAGGUGGGCCAGGAGAAGGUCAGUAUGGGUAAGAUUGCCAUGAAGUUUGUUCGGACUCGACUCGUCAUCAUCAUCUCCGCUCUCCUUGGAUAUGCUGGUUGCCUCAUUGUCAUUUCCGCUUACCUUGUGCAAGAGCUGCUGGUGUUCACCGAUGACGUAGAGGCGCCGAUGUCCCGUGGCUAUAUCCUGGUCUGUUGUAUCCUAGGCGUUAACAUCAUCCGUAUCAUCAGCGAUGUGACGUUCUGGAUGACCUCCAUGAGAACGGCCACCAGGCUUAGGAGCGGUAUCCUCUCCUUUGUCUUCAAGAAGAUCGCCAGACUGAGGAACCUCCAGGAUAGGAGCGUGGGAGAGAUUGUGAACAUCUGUGCCAACGACAGUCAGCGUCUGUUUGACGUCUGCGUCUAUGGCAACUUCCUGUUUGUAUCAAUCGUCCUGAUCAUCGCUGUCCUGGUCGCCGCAAGUCUCAUUAUUGGAUGGGCCGCUAUCUGCGGUGUCCUCUUGACGUUCGUCUUCUUCUGGCCUCUUCAGAUGAUCUUUGGUAAGAUCACAUCCAUCCUCCGAGACCGCUGUAUCUCGGUGACCGACGAGCGCGUCCAGAAGAUGAACGAAGUGCUCACCUAUGUCAAGCUCAUCAAGAUGUACGCCUGGGAGGUGCCCUUCUCCAAAGCCAUAUCAGCUAUCAGGAACUUGGAGCGCUCCCUUCUCGAGAAAGCAGGAUACAUGCAGAGCUUCAGUUUGUCUGUGUCUCCCAUCACCCCAAACAUCGCCACCGUUCUCACCAUUGUCAUCUUCCUCUCUACUGCCUACGAGGAGCCUCUUACGUCAACAAAGGCUUUCACCUUAGUUGCCAUUUUGAAUACUCUCAGAGCUGUGAUUGGACCGACCCCGUGGGCCAUCCGAUCUCUGGCUGAGGCAAACAUCGCCCUGGGCAGGUUAAAGAGUGUAUUUGUGAUGGACGAGCAGAACCCACUGGACGUCCUCCCACGGAACGACAAGUACGCCGUCAUCAUCCGAAACGGAGUGUUUGCGUGGGAUAGGCUGGAAAGCGGAGAACAGGAGGAGGAGGACGAGGAGGAGAUCAAAUUGAAAAGUCGGGCCAUCGAGAAUGGCAGCGCCAACAACAACGAUAGAAAGGUUGCGUACGUCCACACCCGAGAGGUCAAUCUGCAGGUUGAUUUGGAUGAAGACACAGAAGAAGCUCCCUCCAAGAAGUCGGCUAUCACCAUUAUCGAGCCAGAGAAACCAAACGGAGCCAUCGGCAAGAAGAGCGAUGACGCACAACCAGCCAGGCGAUUCAGCAUGGCAAUGAAACCGGUCACCCUGGCCGAGGCAGGGCUUGAUACGAUCGCCGUCGACAAACUCAUUCAGAAGAGUAAGAUCCACCCAAGACCUCACGUUCCGGACGACAAAGUCUCAAAGGUUCUCUUUGGCAUCAACUUUGCACUAGAAAAGGGCAAGCUAACAGGUGUCUGUGGUUCCGUUGGGGCCGGCAAGACCUCUCUCAUCUCGGCUAUCCUUGGUCAGAUGCACAAUAUGGAGGGUGACAACUGCGUCAACGGAAACUUCGCCUACGCGGCCCAAGAGGCUUGGAUCUUCAACGCAACGGUCAAGAAUAACAUUCUCUUUGGACUUCCAUUCGACGAGGAAAAGUAUGAUAUGGUUCUCCAUGCUUGCUCUCUAAAACCCGAUCUGGCUAUUCUACCAAUGGGAGACCAAACAGAGAUUGGAGAGCGUGGCAUCAACAUGAGCGGAGGUCAGAAGCAGCGUAUCAGUCUGGCGAGGGCGCUGUAUUCCGACCGUGAUAUCUAUCUCCUUGACGACCCUCUCAGUGCCGUGGAUGCCCAUGUGGGUCUUCACAUCUUCACACAUUGUAUCAGCACGGCUCUCAAGGGAAAGACGGUUCUCUUUGUUACCCAUCAGCUUCAGUACUUGAAGGACUGUGACUUAGUGAUGACGAUGAUGGACGGAAGAAUCGUUGAACGCGGUCACCACGACGAGCUGAUGGCCGUGGACGGCGUGUACGCAAACCUGAUCCACACCUUCCAUUCCAAGCAGGAAGCAGAGGACCUUGAGGACGUCGCCAACCCUGAAGCCGAUGAGGACAUGCCAGAGCAGGAGGAAUCCAUGGUGGAGCGACGAGAGAGGGCGCAAUCCCAGCUCAGCUCAAGAUCUAGGGCGUCCAGCUUCGUCUCGGAUGUGCCGCCGGAACCGGAAGCCGCUGUACCCGUCACUGAUGGUAAACUGAUGUCCUCGGAGGAGAAGAGCACUGCGUCUGUUGGCUGGGGCACCUAUGCUACGUACAUCAAGUCCAUGGGCGGCUAUCACAUGGGCUUACUCGUCCUCUUCUGCUUCAUCCUAAUGUUUGGCUCGAUCACACUCAAUAACAUGUACCUGUCUUUCUGGCUCAAUCAAGGAAAUGGAACUGAUCCCAAUGGUGAUAUUGGUUUGAACCCCGAUGCCCAGAGGUACCAGCUGAUCUACGGUCUGUCCCUUAUCGUUAUCAUGAUGUUUGGAGCAUUCAAGAGUCUGGUCUUUAUGAAGGUAACCCUGAAAGCUGCAUCUCACAUGCAUGACACUGUCUUCAUCAACGUUUUCCGCUCACCAAUGAGUUUCUUUGAUACAACACCAACCGGCCGUAUUCUGAACCGAUUCUCCAAGGAUUUAGAUGAAGUUGAUGUCCUUUUACCUUUCAACCUGGAACUCUUCCUGCAAAACGUCUUCCUCGUAUCGUUCGCUCUGAUUGUCAUCUGCAUCGUCUUCCCCAUCUUCAUCGCCAUCAUCAUCCCAACGUUCAUCAUCUUCGUCAUCAUACUCCGCUACUACCGAAAGGGAAUCCGCGACCUGAAGCGUAUCGAGAAUAUCACCCGCUCGCCUUGGUUCUCCCACAUCUCCGCAACCGUCCAGGGUCUCUCGACAAUCCACGCUUACAACAAAACCGACGAUUUCAUUGUCAGGUUCCGGACGCUGCUCGACGGCAAUGCCCUACCGUACAUGUUCUUUAGGAUGGCUGCCCGAUGGGCCGGUGUCCGAUUAGAGACUCUUGUUAUCCUUCUUGCAUUCAUCUGCCAUCUCCUUGUCGUCCUGUAUCACGGAGAGAUUGAUUCCUCAACGGCCGGUCUUGCUGUUUCAUAUACUAUUCAGCUGACUGGUAUGUUCCAGAUGUUGGUUCUCAUGGCUUCAGAGACAGAGGCUCGGUUCACAUCGGUAGAAAGAAUCCAGAGCUACAUGAAGAAUCUAGUCGCGGAGGCACCAAGGGUAAUCAAGAACAAACGGCCGGCCAAGAAAUGGCCAGAACAGGGUCAGAUUGAAUUCAAAGACUUCAAGAUGCGUUACAGGGAAGGGCUACCUCUUGUAUUGAAAGGUGUCAAGCUUGUUGUCAAACCUAUGGAGAAGGUUGGCAUCGUGGGAAGGACGGGAUCAGGUAAAUCAACGCUUGGAAUUGCCUUGUUUCGGCUGGUAGAGGGCGCCAGUGGCCAGAUUGUGAUUGACGGUAUCGAUGUCAAAGAGAUUGGUCUCCAUGAUCUUCGUGCUAAGCUAUCCAUCAUUCCCCAAGAUCCAGUCCUAUUCAUCGGAACCGUCAGGUACAACCUUGAUCCUUUCAAUGACCAUAGCGACAAGGAACUCUGGGAAGCCCUGGAAAGGUCUUAUAUGAAAGACAGGAUAAGUGCUUUGGAGAGCCAGCUAGAAGCCCCAGUAACAGAGGGUGGAGAUAACUUCUCGGUAGGAGAGAGACAACUCAUGUGCAUGGCUAGGGCUUUACUCAGAGGCAGCAAGAUUUUGAUGUUAGAUGAGGCUACGGCAGCCAUUGAUACCGAGACUGAUUCAUUGAUACAGCAGACGAUAAGACAAGAAUUCAAGGACUGUACUAUGCUCACAGUAGCUCACAGACUCAAUACAAUUCUAGAUUCAGACAAAGUAUUAGUCAUGGAUGACGGAAGGGUGGCAGAGUUUGACAAGCCAAGCAAUCUACUAGCUAAUCCUAACUCUAUAUUCAGCGGUAUGGUAGCAGCUGCGGAGUCGGCUCAGAACCGUUAAUCAUGCUCAUCCUUCCUACUCAUUGAGUUCAAUCUACAUCACAACUGCAUGUACUAAUGGCGAAAGUUUCAAAGCCCAACCGAAGCACAUUCUCUUAAGUAUUGAAUAGUAGCGUGGACUCGGCUGUUAAAACUUGGCGUUCUUGUGGGCCAUUUGGAAGUUCAGUUAAUUCUGAACAUCAGUGCUAUCAUAGCAUUCAAUGCAAUAAACUAUUGUGUGAAGCCGAUAUUGGAUAUUACUCCCGAAACAAAGACUAGCAAUUUUGCCAAAUUCCGAUUUUGUUAUCCUUCCUAUAUUUCUUCUGAACCAAGUAAGAUCAUUUAUCAUGUUUAAACAUUUGCAUUUGAAGCAAAGAGCCAGUUGUUCCUAAGUCUAGCUACAGUAUGCAGUGCAGGGGCCCGUUUCAUAAAGGACUUGCAACUGUUGUAACU